AUGGUGAAGAUGAAUCGAGUUCUGAUAGCUGUAACAUUAGCUCUCUUAGCUUCGUCGGCGUUACUACCGGUUUCCGAUGGCGCGAGUAAACCGUCGUCGACGCCGAGAAAGGAGGAUGUUCCGUACAUCAAGUGUCAGGUGUGUGAGAAAAUGGCCUCGCGGCUACACCAGCUAGUGAAGGAGAAGCAACAACAGAUCUCUCCCAAGAAGAUCUCGGAGUAUGAGAUCAUUGAGAUUGCUGAAAAUGUAUGCGAUUUGAAGAAAGAGGAAGCUGAUUGGAUGCUCAAGAUUGACAUUGUCGAGAAAGGCAAUAAGCUUCAGCUGGUUGAACAAGAAGAAGAAGGGAUGUGCAAUUCCGAGUGCAAGACAAUCGAGGCUGCUUGUCAAAAGGUCAUUGGUUACUCAGACACUGAUGUUGCAGAGUAUAUAUACAAGUCUAAGCCUGAUCUCGCUUCACUGGUGAAUCAUCUAUGCAAAGACCUGACCGAUGCUUGUACCAAGAACCCGCCUCCUGUUCCCAAGGAUCGUGUUCCUGGAGAACCAUUUGUUGCAAAACCAUCGAAAGAUGCUGAGAUGGACAAGAUCAUGAGAUCUAUGCAGGGUAUGCCAGGAGCACCUGGCAUGAAGGUAUAUUCUAGAGAAGAUUUAGAGAAGUACAAGGAUAACUUGGGGAAACCCGGUAGUGAAGAUGAAGAUGGUGACGAUGAGGAAGAUGAGGAUGAAGAUGACAAGUUUCCCAAGAACUUGGGAAAGGUUUUGAAGGAGAAAGAGAGUAAAAAGGAAGAAUGGAAAGAGACAAUCACUAAGGAAUUCAAGAAGAGAGGGGAAGGUUUGAAGAGACAUGCACAGAAAGUGUCGAACCAGGUCAGGAGAUGGUGGAAAGGUGUUGGAUCCAAGAAAUCUAAAUCCGGAAAAUCUGAACUGUAG